UAAAUGCGUGUAAGUGGCAUAUGAAGUUAUCCUAACUUCCUUGAGAAUGUCGUUUUUAUGGUAUGUUGCGGUCUGGGGUGCAUGCAACUACCUAACUCCUUCUUUAUAUUACCCAUAGUCUUGAGCCGUCAGAUCUUUUCUAGAAUAAAAUGAUCACGGUUAUCACGGAAGAGGUACUCGAGGCCGCUCGAGAGAUGAAUAGGCGCGAUGUUCGCAGCGCAGAGCAAAUCCGCGAUGGCGAAGACAAAGAGGACGACCCCAAUUCAUCUGUUGCCGACGACGAUAAGAUAUGGGCAAAAUACGAAAACAUCGAAGGGUUAAAAGGCGCCGAGGGCCAACCUCUUAAAAUAAGCGGCUCCUAUUAUUCAUACGGGCCUUAUCCUCGCAACCGUCGCAUCUUAGCGGACGUCGCGCUCGCCGCUGGCUGGACAGUUGAGAAAGCUAGAAUCCUGGAGCGCCGCUGCGUCAAUCGGAAUGCAAAGCAUAUGAGCAGCCCCCCGAACGCUAUGGUGGAUCUCUCGGACCCGAACCAACCGAAGAUGAAAAAUGGCAGGCCUUUCACUUUCCAGAACGUAUCCUGGUCCUUUCUCCGGUUCUACAUAGAGCUGGAGAUGAAGGAGAUGGACCCGACAAAGCUCGCGAUCGUUAAGGCCGCUGUUCUGGAUCUGUAUGAGAGCAAUUCUAAAACGGGCAAGAAAAAUAUCCCAGUGUACCCACGAGGCACGAAGCGCCAGAGCGACGACGCCGUGCCAGUUUCUAGCGCUGAUAUAGAACGCGCACAAGAAGAAAUCGAUAAGCAGGAGCGCUAUCUCAAGGCGGUGCACAUGCAGCUCUACGAUAAGAAAUCGUUCGUGCCACCGGAUAAAGUCAAGUCGAGGAUCAAGGCCUUCCUCAAAUCUAGCGGCAUGUCCGAGGAAGAAUUCCAGAAUGCGAUUGGUGUAACGGAAUCUGAGUUUGAGUCGUUCAUGAAAGAGAAAAAGAAGCGCCCGCAACUGGAAAGCAAGGUUUUUCACAAUGCGCCUCCAUUUAUCAGUGAGCAAAAGGGAGAAAGGCCGGCAAAAAGGAAGAGAAGUAUUCUAGAUUUAGACGUCGCUUAGUUGUGGUAGACUAACAGUUAAUAUACUCUAUAUAGGUAAACUUGUAGGUAGGAUUGUAAAUGUUACAUAGACUGAGCUGUUACCUCUCGCGAUAGAUGCAUCCGCAGGCAUUCAGUCCUAUUGUACCUAUUUAUAGUAGGUCGUAGAACUUCGUGGCUGUGUGGUGCUAAGCCCAUCUAUGCCCCAAUCAGCUUCUCUUUUGGCAGUUUUGGCGGGACAUCGCCGAUUCAGCUGAUGAACGUGUCAUCCAUGCCGGUUUCUUCAGCACGCUUACUCGGGCAGCUCCAGAUGCCAGUCUUUACAUAACAAUGGAGACCGAGUCUGG